CGUCAGCUAUAACCCCAUCCCGCCUUGCCCACAGGCCCCGCCAUCCCUUCCACCACAACAUACCAUAUCGCACCAGCUUCCAGUCACACCCAAGAUGAAGAUCACUUUCAAGGAUCUCAAACAAAACAAGUUCGUCAUUGACGCUGAGCCAUCGGAGACGAUCGGCGAGCUUAAGGCUAAGAUUCAAGCGGACAAAGGCUGGGAAGUUUCUACUCAGAAGCUCAUCUACUCUGGCAAGAUUCUGCAAGAUGCAAACACCGUUGAAUCGUACAACAUUGAGGAGAAGGGCUUCAUCGUCUGCAUGACCUCCAAGCCAAAGCCUGCAGCGUCUUCAAGCAAAGCUGCACCCUCAACGCCCGCCCCAGCAGCAGCGCAAACGCCAGCUGCUCCAGCGGCGCCGGCAGCCCCGGCUCAAUCAUCAUCGACUCAGAAUGUCCCUGGUACUCCCUCACCUGCGCCAGCGCAGCAGUCGUCCGACUCCACUCGCUUCAAUGACCCAUCUGCCUUGACCAUGGGAAGCGAGCGCGACGCCGCCAUUGCGAACAUGGAAAGCAUGGGAUUCCCACGAGCUGACAUCGACCGUGCGAUGCGUGCGGCUUAUUUCAAUCCCGACCGUGCGGUCGAGUACCUUUUGAGCGGUAUUCCAGAGAGCGCACUUCAGGAGCAACAACAGCAGGCGUCGCAGGGGUCUCCGAGGCAGGCUCGUGGUCCAACCUCGCCACCAGCCGCCACCGGUGGUAACACAGGCACGACUCCCGCUCCUACCGAGGGCGACCAGCCGAUCAACCUGUUCGAUUUGGCUGCACAAGCUGGGCAAGGAAAUCGAGGCGGUAACGGUGGUGCUGGUGCUGGUGCUCGUUCAGGUGCUGGUGGUGCUUUGAGCGGCAAUAGUCUGGAAUUCUUGCGCAACAACCCGCAAUUCCAGCAAUUACGACAGGUCGUACAACAGCAGCCACAAAUGCUUGAGCCAAUCCUCCAGCAGGUUGGAGCUGGCAAUCCUCAAUUGGCGCAACUCAUUGCACACCACCCUGAACAAUUCAUGCAACUACUCGCCGAGGACGACGAUGAGGAUGCCCCAUUGCCCCCUGGUGCACAGGCUAUCAGUGUCACCGAAGAAGAGCGCGAGGCCAUCGAACGGUUAUGUCGUCUUGGCUUCGAGCGCGAUCUAGUGAUCCAAGCCUACUUCGCUUGCGACAAAAACGAGGAACUCGCUGCCAAUUUCCUCUUCGACCAGCCAGAAGACCCAGAGGACCAUUGAGCGAGCAGACCAGUGCCGAGAUGUAUCACGAACGGAUUCUUCGCGCCUUUUGUGUGCCCCUAGUUAUGACCCCAAUGGGGCACGCUGAUUGAUUCUGGCGAUACACAUGAACAUCAACCCCGCGUUAUCUCUGUGCUUCCUCUGGACUGUGCCAACGAAGCAAUCACCAGUUCUCCUAUAUCACCGGGAGGACAUAUACGAUGGCUAUGAUACCUUGCAAGAUGUAAUUCAUGGCAUUUGGCAUUCUUUAUUGGGCGAGCAUGAGUGACACCAGGCUCACCGAGCCCAAAAUAGUAAAGCGAAAACUCUACUCCAGAUAGUACUGC